AUGAUCACCGGAAAGGAUAUUUACGAUGUCCUUGCAAGCAUUGUGCCGCUUUACGUGGCCAUGCUCUUGGCCUACGGCUCGGUCCGGUGGUGGAAGAUCUUCACCCCGGAUCAAUGCUCCGGCAUCAACCGCUUCGUGGCUGUCUUUGCCGUUCCUUUGCUUUCCUUUCACUUCAUUUCCUCUAACGAUCCCUACACCAUGGAUUACCAGUUCAUCGCGGCGGACUCGCUACAGAAAGUGGUGAUUCUGGUUGCUCUAUUCCUAUGGCAGACGUUCUCCAAACGCGGCAACCUCGAGUGGAUGAUCACGCUCUUCUCCCUCUCCACUCUCCCCAACACUCUCGUCAUGGGCAUUCCUCUCUUGAAGGCCAUGUACGGCGACUUUUCGGGCGGUCUCAUGGUUCAAAUCGUGGUGCUGCAAAGCGUCAUCUGGUACACUCUCAUGCUCUUCAUGUUCGAGUACAGAGGUGCGAGACUCUUAAUUUCAGAGCAGUUUCCGGAAACCGCAGGUUCCAUCACCUCGUUCCGAGUGGACUCCGACGUAGUUUCGCUUAACGGACGCGAGCCUUUGCAGACUGAUGCCGAGAUUGGAGAGGACGGGAAGUUACACGUGGUGGUGAAAAGAUCGGCGGCGUCGUCCAUGGUGUCAUCGUUCAAAUCGCACGGGUUGAACUCCUUGAAUUCCGGCAUGACUCCUAGGGCAUCGAACCUCACCGGCGUUGAGAUUUACUCGGUUCAGUCGUCUCGUGAACCAACUCCGAGGGCGUCAAGCUUCAACCAGACUGAUUUCUACGCCAUGUUUAAUGCUAGCAAAGCCCCAAGCCCUAAACACGGCUACACCAACAGCUUCCAAGGCGGGUUUGGCGAUGUUUACUCGGUUCAGUCAUCAAAAGGCGUCACCCCGAGGACUUCCAAUUUUGAUGAGGAGAUGAUGAAGAUAAGCAACAAGAAGAGAGGGGCCAGAAGCAUGAGCGGUGAGCUGUUCAAUGCCGGGGCGGUAUCUUCUUACCCCCCUCCGAAUCCAAUGUUUUCGGGGUCUACGAGUGGCGGACCAAAGAAGAAGGAGAGCGGCGGCACCUUUGCCAGUGCCGGUGGUGGUAGUGGUGGUGCAGUGCCUAAUAAGGAGCUUCAUAUGUUUGUUUGGAGCUCGAGUGCUUCGCCUGUUUCCGAGGGGAAUAUGAAACAUGCAGUGAACCGAGCUGCCUCUACUGAUUUUGGGAGCAUUGAUCCUAAGGCUUCUCAACAUGACAAUCCAAUUGCUGGUUCAAAAGGAAUGCAUGAAUUAAUUCAGAAUAUGAGUCCUGGAAGGAAAGUAAAUGGAGACGGGGAGCUAGAAAUAGAAGAAGGAACAAAGUUUCCGGCAAGUGCAUCUCCAUAUAGUAGUUGCCAGAAGAAGAUGGACAUGGAAGACGGAGGUGUGGCAAAGAAGCAACAAAUGCCUCCUGCAAGUGUCAUGACUAGGCUUAUACUCAUCAUGGUUUGGAGGAAGCUCAUUAGAAAUCCCAACACCUACUCCAGUCUCCUUGGUGUCGCUUGGUCUCUCGUAUCAUACAAGUGGCACAUCAAAAUGCCCACAAUUAUAAGCGGAUCCAUAUCAAUAUUAUCUGAUGCUGGCUUGGGAAUGGCUAUGUUCAGUCUAGGUUUAUUCAUGGCUCUGCAACCAAAGAUCAUAGCUUGUGGAAAAUCAGUAGCAACAUUUGCAAUGGCUGUUAGAUUCUUGACAGGCCCGGCAGUGAUUGCUGCAUGCUCCAUAGCCGUCGGUCUUCGUGGAGUUCUUUUGCAUGUUGCAAUAGUUCAGGCUGCUCUUCCACAAGGGAUUGUUCCUUUUGUAUUUGCCAAAGAAUAUAAUGUGCACCCAGACAUACUUAGCACUGCGGUCAUUUUUGGAAUGCUGGUUGCCUUGCCUAUAACAAUACUCUACUAUAUUCUUCUGGGGCUCUAG